GUUGUAGGACUGGCAAGAAGAAAAAAUAAACUCGAACAAAUAGCUGGAGAACUUUCAGGCAAAGCUGGAAAAUUCCAUCCUGUUCAAGCAGACAUAUCCAGCGAAGCUGAAAUACUUAGUGCCUUCAAGUGGAUAAAAGAAAAUCUGGGACCCAUUCAUAUUCUUGUAAAUAAUGCUGGUGUUAUGAAUUUUGGACUGCUGUCAGAAGGAGAAACAGAGCUCUGGCAAAAUAUUUUGCAAGUCAAUAUGAUAGGUCUUUCUGUAGCUACACGAGAAGCAAUCAGGGAAAUGAAAACAAACAAAGUUGAUGGGCAUAUAAUACAUAUCAACAGUACCGUGGGACAUUAUGUUCCAGACAUUCCUGUGAAUAUGUACACCGCUAGUAAAUAUGGUGUUACGGCUUUGACAGAAUGUUUGCGACGAGAGCUGGCUACCCUGAAUUCAAAAAUAAAGAUAACA